AUGAUUUUUGCCAUUGAGGAAAUCAACAACAGGACGGAUCUUCUUCCCGGCGUGUCUCUGGGAUACAAGAUUUUCGAUGCUUGUGACUCCUCACCUUCUUCUGUAAGAGCAGCCAUGGCUCUGAUGAAUGGAUAUGAGGAAUCUUCUGACACCUCCUGCUCCAGACCACCUGCAGUUCAAGCUAUAAUCGGACAGUCUGCAUCAUCAACAACGAUAGCAAUGGCAGCAACAGUUGGACCUUUUCAUAUUCCUGUGAUCAGUCAUGUUGCUACCUGUGCAUGUUUGAGCAAUCGAAGGAGAUUCCCUUCAUUCUUCAGAACCAUCCCCAGUGACUUUUAUCAGAGCAGAGCCCUGGCUCAGCUUGUGAAGCACUUUGGAUGGACCUGGGUUGGGACUAUUAGAAGUGACAAUGAUUAUGGCAAUAAUGGAAUGGCAACCUUUACACAAGCUGCCCAGAAAGAGGGCAUCUGUAUUGAAUAUUCAGAAGCAAUUCAUGAAAACUAUCCCAGGGAGGAAAUUCUUAAGACCAUAAAUGUAAUAAAACAGAGCACAGCAAAGGUCAUUAUAGCUUUCCUUCCCCGAGGAGAGAUGACUGUUUUAUUGAAAGAAUUAUCACUUCAGAAUGUAACUGGUCACCAGUGGAUUGGCAGUGAAGCCUGGAUUACUGCCAGUAAUGUUGCGACUGCAGAGGGUUAUAGAAUUCUGAGAGGAGCUAUAGGGUUUGCUAUUCUCAAAACCAAAGUAGAUGGACUGAGAGAGUUUUUAACAAGUGUUCAUCCAUCUCAACGCCCAGGCAAUGCACUCAUUAACAAGUUUUGGGAAACUGCAUUUAAUUGUUCUCUGAUAACUGAAGAAAAUCCAGCUGGUAGGACACCUUGUACAGGAACUGAAAAUUUAAGAGAAAAAAGUGGAUAUGCAGAUGUGUCAGAGAUGAGAUUUUACAACAAUGUGUAUAAAUCAGUGUAUGCUGUUGCAAAUGCUCUACAUAGCCUGCUUGAGUGCAAAGCACAAGGUUCUUUAUCAAAUUACACUUGUGCAAAAAUGAGUAAUACUGAACCAAGGCAGGUUCUUCAGCAUCUCAAAAAAGUCAGUUUCACAACUAAAACCGGAGAGCAAGUCUCUUUCGAUGACAAUGGAGAUCCAGUUGCAAGAUAUGAAUUAGUGAACUGGCAGCUUGUAAACGAGAGCACCAUCCAGUUCACGACCAUCGGUUACUAUGAUGCUUCACUGCCAGCGGGUCGUCAGUUUGUCAUGAAUCAAGUAAACAUUUCAUGGGCAGGUGGUCAAUAUGAGAAGCCCAAGUCAGUGUGCAGUGAGAGCUGUCUCCCAGGCACUCGAAAGGCAGUUCAGAGAGGAAGGCCUGUGUGUUGCUAUGACUGCAUACACUGUGCUGAAGGAGAGAUCAGCAACACAACAGAUUCUAACAAUUGUAUUCAGUGUCCUUUGGAAUUCUGGUCAAACGACAAAAGAGAUGAAUGUGUAUUGAAAUCAGUUGAAUUCCUGUCCUUUGGAGAAAUCAUGGGAAUACUGCUCACAGCUUUCUCUUCGUCCGGAGCUUGCUUCACUACAGGUGUAGCUUUCAUCUUCUUUAGAAACAGGGACACUCCCAUUGUCAAAGCCAAUAACUCUGAACUGAGUUUCCUUCUGCUCUUUUCAUUGACACUGUGUUUCCUCUGUUCGCUUACUUUCAUUGGCCAGCCCUCUGACUGGUCCUGUAUGUUGCGCCACACAGCAUUUGGGAUCACAUUUGUCCUGUGCAUCUCUUGUGUUCUGGGGAAAACAAUAGUGGUGUUAAUGGCCUUUAGGGCUACACUGCCAGGCAGUAACAUUAUGAAAUGGUUUGGCCCCACACAGCAGCGGUUAAGUGUUCUUGCUUUCACACUUAUACAGGUCUUGAUUUGUGUUCUUUGGUUGACAAUUUCACCUCCUUUUCCUAACAGAAACAUGAAAUACUAUGCAGACAGAAUCAUUCUGGAGUGUGACCUGGGAUCUGCAGGUGCAUUCUGGGCUGUGUUAGGGUAUAUAGGUCUCCUCUCUGCCAUGUGCUUUGUACUUGCUUUCCUGGCUCGGAAUCUACCCGAUAACUUCAAUGAAGCCAAAUUCAUUACAUUCAGCAUGCUCAUAUUCUGUGCUGUCUGGAUCACAUUUAUCCCAGCUUAUAUUAGCUCCCCUGGGAAGUUCACAGUGGCUGUGGAAAUAUUUGCAAUCUUGGCUUCUAGUUUCGGUUUACUUGUUCUUCAGCAUCUCAAAAAAGUCAAUUUCAUAACCAAAACAGGAGAGCAGGUCUCAUUUGACGACAAUGGAGAUCCAGUUGCGAGAUAUGAAUUAGUGAACUGGCAGCUUGUAAACGAGAGCACCAUCCAAUUCACGACCAUCGGUUACUAUGAUGCUUCACUGCCAGAAGGUCGUCAGUUUGUCAUGAAUCAAGUUAACAUUUCUUGGGCAGGUGGUCAAUAUGAGAAGCCUGUGUCAGUGUGCAGUGAGAGCUGUCCCCCAGGCACUCGAAAGGCAGUUCAGAGAGGAAGGCCUGUGUGUUGCUAUGACUGUAUUCACUGUGCUGAAGGAGAGAUCAGCAACACCACAGGUAAAUAG